GCAAACGCACGGGGUAUCUAACUAGUUAUUUUUAUAAUUAGGCGCCGCCGGCUGCCCCCUCGCCUCGCGUGCUCGAUUCCCAUCUCCCCCUCCCUGCGCACACCCGCACACCACCAACACCAGACGCCGCCGCCCCUCAUCGCUGUCCCGUCCCGCGCGCGGCCGCCGCAUCCGUCCGGGCCUCCUCGUCUCCCCAGCCCCGCUGCCGCCGCAAAAACCUCCACGAAUCGCCGACACUCCAACCCGGAAGAGCCAACGAGGUGACUCCGCGCCCCGGUCAUGGGUGACAGCCAAUACUCCUUCUCUCUUACCACUUUCAGCCCGUCGGGAAAGCUUGUGCAGAUAGAGCACGCGCUCACGGCUGUCGGAUCCGGGCAGACCUCCCUAGGGAUCAAAGCUGCCAACGGUGUAGUGAUUGCCACCGAGAAGAAACUGCCUUCUAUUUUAGUGGAUGAAACAUCUGUGCAAAAGAUUCAGGCACUAACACCAAAUAUUGGAGUUGUCUAUAGUGGGAUGGGUCCAGAUUUUCGUGUUCUGGUGAGAAAAAGUCGAAAGCAGGCACAGCAGUAUUAUCGGUUGUACAAGGAGCAUAUACCUGUAACACAGCUUGUGCGGGAGACUGCUGCUGUGAUGCAGGAGUUCACACAGUCAGGUGGUGUAAGACCAUUUGGAGUAUCACUGUUGAUUGCUGGGUAUGAUGACAAUGGCCCACAGUUGUAUCAGGUUGAUCCCUCAGGAUCAUACUUCUCCUGGAAGGCAUCAGCCAUGGGAAAAAAUGUGUCAAAUGCAAAGACAUUUCUUGAAAAGAGAUACACAGAGGAUAUGGAACUUGAUGAUGCCAUCCACACUGCAAUUUUGACUUUGAAAGAAGGAUAUGAGGGGCAAAUUUCCUCCAACAACAUUGAAAUCGGAAUUAUUCGAGCUGACCGUGAGUUCAAGGUUUGGUAACAACUUGUGCCCCUCUAGCUGUAGGGGAAAUGUUUCUGUUUACUAUGUUUUUGUUGUUGGAAAUCUAAGGCUAUUUGAUAUUACAAACUCCUUGCUACUUCAAAUGGUUUGGUGAGAACUAACAGUUUCCAUACAAAUAAUAGAGUUCUAAGCCCAUCAGAGAUCAAGGAUUUCUUGGAAGAGGUGGAGUAAGUUGUCUGUUGAUGAUUUACUGUUUCAAACAAGAAUAGCAGCAUCACUUAUGAGCAGCCAGCCUGAAGCUUGUCUUGGUUUUAUCACUCUGUAAACUGAUUUGCUCCAGCGACAUGUCUUGGUUUUAUCACUCUGUAAACUGAUUUGCUCCAGCGACAUGUGGUUCUUACAUUUGAAACCCUCCUGAACGCAUACUGUAGACAAAUGAGAUACGUAAGAUGGAUUUUGUAUUUGACAGUCUCUACAGUUUGUUUAUGUGAUUCACGUUCUUGUGUGCUGUAUC